AUGUCGAACUCAUCAGCAGAUCAAGCUACAGCGUCAGUCGUGCAAGCUCUUCAAACGUUGUAUCAUGAUCCCGACUCAGCUUCGAAGAAAAGAGCAAAUGAAUGGUUAGAAGAAUUUCAGCAUAGUGUCGAAGCAUGGCAAAUUUGUCAUACAUUGUUGACUUCACCUGAGGCACCUUUAGAAGGUCGAUUAUUCUCAGCUCAAACUUUGCGUGCUAAAAUACUAUACGACCUCUCUCAAUUACCACGGGAACAGCUCCCUCCACUUCGUGACUCCCUUUUAUCAUCUUUAGCACCGUUAUGUCAACCUUCAGCACCUUCAGGAUCGAAAGCAGUCCUUACGCAGUUAUGUUUAGCUUUAUCGGAUUUAGCACUGCAGAUGCCUGAAUGGAAUAAUGCCGUAGGAGGAAUGAUAGAUCAAUUUGGGAAAGACCCAACAACAGUGAUAAUAUUACUUGGAUUCCUGAAAGCCUUACCUGAAGAAGCUGGAAAUCCCAGAAUACCCUUAUCGAAUGACGAAGUGAGAGCGAUGUUGACUUCUCUCGUGAGUGGAUCGGCGGAGCAAGUACUUGGAGUGCUGGCGAUGUAUAUACAAGCAGCUGGCGUUACAACUCAAAUACAAAUAUCGGUUUUCGAGACGCUGAGAAGCUGGUUACAAGCUGGAGAAGUAAUGGCCGCUCAAGUUGCUCAAACACCUUUAUUCAAUGCUUCUUUCGACGCUCUUGCAUCAGAUCAAUUGUUUGACGCCGCUGUGGAUGUACUGUGUGACCUGAUACACGAAACCCAAGAAGUGGAGGACAACGUAGAAGUCGUACAGCAGAUCGUACCGAGAGUUAUUGCUCUUCGACCUGAAUUGGAAACUCAUAAAGAAGAUCCAGAUCGUAUACGAGGUUAUUGUCGGAUUUUAUGUGAGGCUGGAGAGUGUUACAAGGAUCUCAUAGUUCGACACCCUCAAGAUCUGUUACCUCUCGUACAAGCCAUCUCUGAAUGUGCCGCCUAUCCCGAUCUCGAUAUCGUCCCCAUCACAUUUUACUUCUGGUACACCCUCGCCAUGACUCUCGGUCGACAACCCAUUGAUCCCUCGGUGCAACCUAUACUGGAUAUAUACGCGAACUUGCAAUCGGUUAUCAUCGGUCAUUUGCAUUUCCCAGGAGAUAACGAACAUCAAACAGCUCAGGAGAGAGAUGAGUUUAGGACAUUCCGACAUAGAAUGGGAGAUACGCUCAAGGAUUGUUGUCAUGUUCUUGGUGCUCCUACAUGUCUGCGGCGGUCCUAUGACCUUAUCGUCAACGCAAUGGGGAAACCUUCACCUUCAUGGCAAGAGAUCGAAGCACCUCUGUUUUCGAUGAGAAGUAUGGGAGCAGAAGUGGAUCCAGAUGAUGACGAAGUACUACCUCAUAUAAUGGAUAUGUUACCGAAACUACCAGAUCAUCCCAAGAUUCGAUAUGCCGCUAUUCUCGUUAUAUCCCGUUAUACUCAAUGGAUAGAUCGACAUCCUGACAAUCUCGCUUUCCAAUUGCAAUAUAUCUCGGCAGGUUUCGAUAUGGCCGAAGAAGAAGUCUCAGCUGCGGCAGCUCAAGCUAUGAAGUUCAUGUGUCAGGAUUGUAAUCAACAUUUGGUACCGUUCUUACCUGAACUUCAUGGAUUCAUCAAUUCUGUAGGAGAUAAAUUGGAUCAAGCUGAUAUGGUAGAAGUGUGUGAAGCUAUUGGAUAUGUCAUUUCUUCUAUGUCACCUGGUCAAGCCGCUCAAGCAUUGCAACAAUUCUGUCAACCUCUAAUCCAACGCAUACAGGCCGUCGCCACGUCCGAUUCAGAAGCUGAUAAACCGACACUCCAAAAAGUCGCCGAUUCAUUGGAACAAAUUGAUUCUUUUUUGUCUGUAGUGAGAACACUGGAUCCAGUACCUGAAUCAUGUUUCCAAACGGCAUCAGCAGUUUAUGGUAUCCUCGAUGCUCUACUUGCUCGAUAUGCCAAACUGUAUUACAUUUCAGAAAGAGUAGGAACUGUAUUAAGAAGGGGUUUAGCGUUUUUCCCGGCAAGAGCGUUAGAACCUGUCAUACAACCUGUACUGGAAAGAAUGGCAUUGGCAUUUGACCAAACUGGAUUCGCAAGUUAUCUCUGGAUAACAGGGAAAGUAGCAGGUAAAUUCGGUGAUUCAGCUCAACAACCUGGUGGUGAAACGUUAGGUUCAUUGUUAGUAAGAUCAUUCGAAAGUGUUACUACUGCAAUGGCGAAACUACUUCAAACCAAAGUAGCUCUAGAAAUACCUGAUGUAAUGGACGACUACGUCCAUCUUUUCAUGGCAUAUCUAACUUCAAUACCGAACCUAAUUCUCUCAUCUUCAUUGAUUCAUCUUGCAUUUUCGCAUACUUUAUCGGCACUUACAUGUCCCGCACCUGAAACGACAUUGAUCUCACUUGAUGUUUUAUCGACACUUUCCAAAUCUCUGCUACAUGCUCAACAUCAUUCGCAACUCCAACCCAUCUUCGCUCAAUACGGUAAGGUCUUAGUGGAUCUAGUAAUGGGCGGGAUCGUGCAAGGUUUCCCUGAAGAUGGUUUAGAUCAAGUUCAAAUUAUCCUAGGAGCAAUAACGAAUUCUUUACCUCCUCAAGAAGUCGAACAAUGGUUCAUAGAAUCAAUAAGCUCGUUACCGGGUCAUGUGGUUCCUGUUCAGGAAAAACAAGGUUUCUUGAACGAUCUUCAUGAACAUCUUAUAAAUCGAUCAACUGAUAAAUUGAAGAACGCUCUGAAUAAUCUAGUUAGGGCAGCGAGAAGAGCUAGAGAAAGAGGAAGACAAGCUAGAAAGUCCCUUGGUGGAGUAUAA